GUCGCGCGGAAUUUUCUUUGUGGGGUGAUUGACAUUGACAGCCGUGUUGAGAGUUGCUCCCGUGAAAUAUCCCGCAAACCGUGAAAAUCAAUGCGGAAAGACCACUAGACGCGGCAAAAAGUUUUAAGUAGCAUUCAAGUUAUACAAGUAUACAAUAUUGACAAGCAAGAGUGAAGGACCGUCUGGAACGUGAAUUACUCUUGGAAAAAUGGAUGAGCCAAUUAGCGAUCAAGAGAAGGUCCGAAUUGUUUCUGAUUUCAUUCUGCACGCUCCACCCGGUGAAUUCAAUGAGGUGUUCAACGAUGUUAGGGAACUUCUAAAAAACGACGCGCUACUGAAGGAAGGUGCCAGUGCUGCUUUUGCUCAGUACAACAAGGAUCAAUUGACGCCCGUACGGAUCGAAGGCAGCGAUCAUUACGCACUCAUCACAGAAUUCAAUGAUUUGGGUGGCGGACGUUUUUAUGAUCCACGUACGAAACAGUCAUUCCGUUAUGACCAUUUACGUAAAGAAGCAAGUGAAUAUCAAAACUACGAUGCAGAUGCCACAGCUGAAUCAUGGCGUUCAGCUUUAGAUAUAGAGACAUUAGCUUAUACUGCCAAUCAUUACAGGCAUGGGGUUUGUUCUGUGUUCGGCAAGUCACAAGGAAAUCUAAUUACGCUUAGUAUUUGUAUUGAAGACCAUCAAUUUCAACCGAAAAAUUAUUGGAAUGGACGGUGGCGGUCACAAUGGCAUAUUUCGUUUCAGCCUGGUGUAGGUAGUGCAGCAGCUGAAUUGAAAGGCGUAUUAAAAGUUCAAGUUCACUACUACGAAGAUGGUAACGUUCAACUAGUUUCAUCGAAGGAAGCUCGCGAAUCGAUAAUUGUGACGAAUGAGCAAGCAACCGCCAAGGAAAUCAUCCGAAUAAUUGAAGAGGCCGAAAACGAAUACCAAUUGGCUAUUUCAGAAAAUUAUCAAACAAUGUCCGAUACAACAUUCAAAGCGUUGCGGAGGCAAUUGCCCGUUACGCGAACUAAAAUCGAUUGGAGUAAAAUUGUCUCGUAUAGUAUCGGUAAAGAAUUGAAAACACAAUAAGCUCCAGCUAUAAAUGCAAUUAUUAUUAUUUUUUAAAGAAAGAAUUUUUUCUUUAUAUAUACAUAUAAAUUUUAUUAUUUUUAAAAUAAAAAGUAAGCAUGAUGUGAAUCAAGUUCAAUAUACGAAAGCUAAAGAAGGGGAAACGGAAAGAAAAGGAAGACACAAAAUAUAAAUGAUAUGAGAUUAAAUAAAAUGAAAACUUUGAACAACUUGUAGAUAUUUUUAUUAAAAAAGCGAAAUAACAAAAAAAUUUUGUAUUGCCUUGUUUUUAUUUUAGAUACGAUUAUUUUUAAAAUUAACAUUUGACACAAUGUUUCCUAUAAUUUUUCACUGAAAGAGAAGAUCGUUUGCCUGUAUUGUCCAUUGAAUCAUGAAAGCAACGUUGCAUUUCAUUUAUCUUACGUAUAAAUAAUCGAAUUCGGUAAGACACCAGUCUGGGCUUGCAUAGCCCCCUUGACGGUGUGGUCCAGCUAGAAGAAUUCUCUUUAUCUCAUUUGUAAUUUGGUUGGUUUAUUUCUUGUAAUUUAACAACAAUAAAACAAAUUUUUUAAGCUAUUAACAGAGUAUUUAAAAGAGAGGUUUGUUAAACUACGAUUCACUUGUUAUAGCGUUUUAAUAGAAUAAUUAUUAAGUAUAAUAUAGACCAUGCUAUUAAAAAAUAAUUAAAAACAAUAAGAGAAGAAAAUAAAGUUAUUAAGGAAAGCAGAAAACCAUGCGAACAACAAGUUUAUGUUAUCCUUUCGUUCCAAAUCUUUCUUUUUGAAGUGCAGUUGUGAGAGAAAUAAUGAGAUGGAAAUAAAGAGUAUUAACGAUUAUAAUAA